AUGAAACGGAGAAGUAGGAAGAAGAAAAGAGUGAUGAAACGGAGAAGUAGGAAGAAGAAAAGAGUGAUGAAACGGAGAAGUAGGAAGAAGAAAAGAGCGAUGAAACGGAGAAGUAGGAAGAAGAAAAGAGCGAUGAAACGGAGAAAUAGGAAGAAGAAAAGAGUGAUGAAACGGAGAAGUAGGAAGAAGAAAAGAGUGAUGAAACGGAGAAAUAGGAAGAAGAAAAGAGUGAUGAAACGGAGAAAUGGGAAGAAGAAAAGGGCGAUGAAACGGAGAAAUAGGAAGAAGAAAAGAGUGAUGAAACGGAGAAAUAGGAAGAAGAAAAGAGUGAUGAAACGGAGAAAUGGGAAGAAGAAAAGGGUGAUGAAACGGAGAAAUAGGAAGAAGAAAAGAGUGAUGAAACGGAGAAAUAGGAAGAAGAAAAGAGUGAUGAAACGGAGAAAUAGGAAGAAGAAAAGAGCGAUGAAACGGAGAAAUAGGAAGAAGAAAAGAGCGAUGAAACGGAGAAAUAGGAAGAAGAAAAGAGCGAUGAAACGGAGAAAUAGGAAGAAGAAAAGAGCGAUGAAACGGAGAAAUAGGAAGAAGAAAAGAGUGAUGAAACGGAGAAAUAGGAAGAAGAAAAGAGUGAUGAAACGGAGAAAUGGGAAGAAGAAAAGAGUGAUGAAACGGAGAAAUAGGAAGAAGAAAAGAGUGAUGAAACGGAGAAAUAGGAAGAAGAAAAGAGUGAUGAAACGGAGAAAUAGGAAGAAGAAAAGAGCGAUGAAACGGAGAAAUAGAAAGAAGAAAAGGGAGGUGUUAGAGCACUUAGGAGCUCGAGGGAAAAUAUUUUGGUAUGGUGGAUACUUGGUGGCAUAA